AGAUCUCUCCACCUUUUAUGAUGAAAGCAGUACAUGGAAGACAGAGCAAGAGAAAAUGAGCCUAAUAGAUAUCAACAAAAUGUUCUGCAUGCUCCAGCCCAGAGAAGAUGAAGAUGACAACGGAGAAAGCGAGGAGCUGACCCAAGCAGUGUCUGAGGACAAUUACCAAGCCCUCGAGGAGCUCCUGUCCCAAGACAGGUACAAAAGGUUCAUCAACCGCAGGAGCGGCUGGGGUGUGCCCAGCACCCCGCUGCGCCUGGCCGCCACCUGGGGCUGCGUCAGGAGCAUCAAGGUCCUCCUGGCCCACGGAGCAGAGGUGGACAGCCUGGACGUGAAGGCUCAAACACCACUUUUCAUGGCAGUCAGCAACGGCCACCAGGAGUGCGUGAAGAUUCUCCUGGAGGCAGGCGCCAGCCCCGCCGGCAGCAUCUACAACAACUGCUCCCCGCUGCUGAUCGCCGCGAGGGAUGGCAACGCGGACAUCCUGCGGCAGCUCCUGGAUCACGGCGCAGAAGCCAACGUUCAUGCGAGGCUGCCCCCUUGGGCUGCCAACUCGGUGGCUUGCUCUGGGCCCCUCUACCUGGCGGCCGCCUACGGGCACCUGGAGUGCUUUCGGCUGCUGCUGCUGUACGGCGCCGACCCCAACUACAACUGCACCGACAAGAGGGUCAUCGCCCAGAUCAAAGAGCCCAAGACUCUGCUGGAGACCUGCCUGAGGCAUGGCUGCAGGAGUGACUUUGUCCAGCUGCUCAUUGACUUUGGAGCCAACGUGUACUUGCCCAACCUCAGGGCAGAUGAGGCGACCGCCCACAGCGAGGGCUUGGAGCUGCUGCUGCAGGCAAGAGCUCACCCCAAGUCCUUGCUGUCUCAGUCCAGGCUGGUGAUGAGACGUCUCCUGAAGCAGGCUGGCUACCCACCCAUCCUUGGCAAGCUGGAGAUCCCAGCGGUCCUGGUGAACUAUCUCCAACACCAGCCCCGAUGCAGAGCCCACCACUAGAGACACCUGCCCCAUACCAGUGUUGAGCACCCACAUUAAAAGCUGCUCUGACACCUGUAGGGUGUGAAACCACCAUGGAUCUGUGGUCCCAAAGUAAGUGUUUGCUUACCAGGUGUCUCCAGAAUGAGGUGCCCCUGUGAAAGGAUGGGAAGGGAAGGGUGGGACAAAACAGAGACCUCAGCCCCAGCUCCACACCAGGGUGACGGUGGAGCAGGGUCUGAUAUAGUUGAGUUUGGCUUUAGAGCCUCUUUAAUGAAGGAUUUCACCACACCUUUAUUUGAUAGUGGUUGGAGAAGGGACUGGGAGAAGUUGGGAGGGCAGAGAAGAAAAGGCAGGUUUCACUUCAUUCCCUUCUGGGGAAGAGCAGGAAGGAGGGGGCCAUGACCAGCUUCAUGCCUGCAUGGCCUCAGCUGCCCCAAACCCUUUUGUCCCACCCUUCCAGCUCCUCCUCUGCUCAGGAGGGUAGAAUAGAGCUGGACCUGGCCAUGCAUGCCUGGCCCAUCACUGCUGUGUCACUGAGCCCAGGCAGGGGCUAGGAUAUGUUUCUGGGGAGGGCUUCUGGUGGCCUUUCAGGACUUCAAAAGGGCAGUC